AUGUCUAUUCCACACAACGCUCUUCCCGCCGCUGUCAAGCUUCGCGAGUCCGCUCUCACUGCCUUCAAAACUUAUCAGGACAUGAAAGAGGGACUGAACAGCGCUGCCGCUCCCACCAUUCUUGGCGUAGCCGCUAAUUACUGUGUUCAGCUUAUCGACACCAAGGAUCCGUGUCUGCUUAUGCACCAGCCAAUGCACAACGUGCUUUUCCUUGUUAGAGGCGAGUACAAUACCCGCAGCACUGGAGUUCACGCCAUCGCGCCCCCAGCCGACCUCGACACUAUCAAAGAAUAUUGUCGCACCGUUCUCGCCGCGCGCGCCGCUGCGCAGGUCGUUCCACCACCUGUUACUGCUCAAGCUCAGGCUCAGGCUGAGAUUGCAGAGCGCGGACACAUUUUGAAACAGCGUCCCCGCAAGCUUGUCAAGUCCAAGGCUGUCGUUGAGGACAAGGAUGACGAGAUGGCAGUGGACAACCUCUUUGGUGACGAAGAAGUCAAGGACGCUGCUUCCUCUCCCAAAGAGAAAGGCAAGAAGCGCGCUGCCUCUGGUCCCAAGACCCCAGCCAAAUCCAAGCGUGCCGAAACGGUCAGCAUUCCCUAUGACGCUGUUCCAGGCAUGGACACUAACAGUCGCGAAUUUCACAAGGCCCUCGUCGUCGAGCAUGCCAAAGGCAGUUGCGCUGGCGACAAACGCCCUCGUACUGAACCGCCCUUUAUUAGUGGUUUAGCAGAUCUUCAGUCUCGUCAAAACAAGUCUGCCAACUCCUUGCUCAUCGACAACCCUCUGUACAGGGAGAUCUUAGCGCGCGCACAUGCUGCUGUUACCAACCGCAUGCCGGCUUAUCCCACCCUUGCUUAUUUCAAGCAGCAAGAGGUCGAUCUUCGUGAACGCGUUCUUCUUAGCAUGCAGCGCCUCGACUUGGAGCUUCGUCUUCGCGAUGUACUUGUCGCUGAUUACGAAAUUGCCCUUGCCCAGAUUGCUGAGCGUGAAGUAACUAAGGAGUAG